AUGGCGCCCGCUUUUGGCUCGUCUGGACCGUCGGGUCCUACGUACCUGUACUCCAAGUCCGAGUGUGGCUCCAGCACUGAAGGCCCGGAUGAGAGCUCGAUUUACCAUGGACCAUGGGAGUUUUCCUACGGUCCGUCGGAAGGUUAUUCGGAAGUUCCGCCACAAACUCCGUUUGACUCUAUACCCCCUCGUGGCGUGCCUGGCCAGCUGCCCCGCACACGCGGUCCGUACACCUCUCCACGGACAGCAUAUUCGCGUCAGACCUCUCGGUUUUACUCUAAUGGAGAAGCCCCUUUUCCAGCGUCCGUGUAUUACCCGUCGCCAACAGGGCCAUGGGAGUUCGCGAACUCAACCUUCAGGAAAUCGGUCUCGAUGGCGACUCCCUUCGGGCGGCAAUCGUCGUCCUCUGUUCUCGGCUACCCAUCGGGGGAUGCGUCGACCGCCUUCCUCCCGCCAGUUCUAGGUCUCCCGCGCCUCGCGUACGAAAGUGAAGUGGCUCUGAUUCACUUCGUUGUCUACCUCAUCUGCGCAGUGGGAUGUGUGUGUGUGUACUACAAUCUCGUGGUUUUGGAAGCCUACGUCUUGGCGCUCUUCUGGGCCGUUGUUUUUUCCAUUCCGCUGCGCACGGCGAUGAACGUGCUCAAACGUCUCAUUCUGUUGAGCGCGGAGCAGAGCAUUGACUCCGUGGCUGCGGCGCAACUGUCUGCCGCGUCUGCGGGAGCAGAACCCAACCAACCAGGCGCAUCCUCUUCGCUUCCGACAGUCACCGCGAAAUCCAUUUUCCGGCGGUCACCGCCUCGCCUAGCUUCUUCCGCAUCCUCGGCUCUCACGGCGGAGUGUCACACCGGAACUCCCCCGCCAGAGGGGUCUGGCGGGUUUGUCGCUCCUGAGGUGUACAGACACCGCAGCACGUCGGAGUCGAUCGCCACGCGCAUUGCGUCGCGGUUGCUUUCUUCCGUGGCGCCGACUGCAGCUGCGGCUGAGAGUCUGCUCGCCCAGGAAAACGUCAUGAUUGCAGAAAAGCAGGGGAACAUCAGCGGCAUCCUUCAAGAAGUCCUGGAGGAGUCAGGCGAGGGCGCCCAGUCGUCGGCUGCCUCAGGGCUGGAAGCUGCCGAUCUGUCUGGAACAGCCUCGUCAUCCAAGCACGUCCGCUGCCAUGCUCUUGACGCUCCCGCUCGCGACGAAGCACGCAUCCCCCAGCUCGGUGGCGAAACGGACGCGCUUAGUUCUGGACACGCUGAAACAUCGGUGAAACCUAGGGGUGCCUCGUCUGUCCCACCAAAUUUGCUUCCGCUAAGCGAGCAAGGCGGAGCUGACGCUGGUGCGUUUGUCGAAUUUGGCGCUGGAUUGGAAGGGAAGCCGAAAGAACGCGAAGGCACACGAACGGGCCGUAAAAGCGACGGGAAAGGCCCAGGUGGAAUCAAGAAGAGCCUCAGAGAAGAUCGGCUGCGCUUGUCAGCUGCAGCUCUGGCCGCCGCUAGGCGUCCUCGAGAUGUUCAUGCCCACCGCCGAAAUCUGGACCUUGACAGGCGCCUGCGUGCAGGAGCCGGAGGCGUUCGGACGCCGUCGGGUCGCCAUCCCGCCGGGAAACGCGCCAGAGUGCGGACGGGUCUGUCACCCAGCCGGAAGUUGGACUUCACCACUUCACGGUGCUCCCUUCGCACGAGAAGAUCCGUCAGAUCUUCAGCGGAGAACUACGCAGAAACGGACGUUUCUGACAUAUACGCGCAUGCCAACUCUUUCCUGGAUCCCGGGGCCUCCUCCGGAACGGGGUCUUUCGUCACGCAGCCCUCGUGGUCUCUACUCGGAGAUGUCGUGCUGUCUUCGUCGCUGGUGCGCCUCCCCGCGAGGUUUCUGCUCUUUAUGCUCGAGCCGCUUCUCUCGCUCGUUUCCCCGUCGCCGCCUGGAGGCGGAAACUCAGACAGACACGCUUCGCGCCCGUGGUUUGCUCUCCUCUACCGGAGCUGCUUGCUUCUCCUCGUGUACAGACUGGUGGCUUCCUGCACGCGCUACUCUGUCUCGACGGUGUUGCUCUCUGCCGCGGGGGUCGGCCUCGUCUCUCUCCUCGUCCGGUUCGCCCUGAUUGUCGCGGGCAAGGAGGAGGCGGCGAAAAGAAGCUUGAAGUGGCUGUCUCCGCCUUCGAUGUUGACGCCAGUGUGGCGUCUCCUCGGCUGGCUCUACGGAUCGAUGCAGAGUUCGCUAAACCCGCUCCUCGCGAUCAUCGUGAUGUUGACUUCGGUUUUCAUCGUCUCGCUGGUCGUGGCCUUCUUCUGUUUCCAGUUCUACAACGAGCUGACGCUUCUCUGGGACGCGUUCCAGCGCACCAUCGACACGUACAUUUUGCGUUCCUCCACGAUGCAGCAGGCCCUCGACACGAUUCACAGUUUCGCGGGCGGUCCAGAGCUGUCCGAGUCUCCGGAGAAACCUCCGUCCGCGCCGUCUAACACGACGGCACCCGGGUCGCUGUCUGCCUCUCAGAUUCUCUUCAACCUCAUCGCGAAGGCUGCGGAAGCCGCGAGCGCUUCGGGCGCAGACUCAAGCCGGGACUCGAGCGCCGAGAGAGGCCCCGACUCUCUUGACGCGUCCGUCGUUAGCGCCUCGGGUGUUCCCUCGAACGCGGCGGGAGCGAUGGGCAGUUUAGGCGCGACGAUCGCGGCGGCGGUCGCGGCAGGUGCGGGGCGUGUUGGGCGAGAGAACUCGCGCAAGAGAGACAGUUCCGCGGCUUCGCACUUGAAACAGCUGCUAGGCAACAGCAUCGGACGCUACUCGGAUUUGUGGCUCUCGAUUCGGCACUUCGCUGCGAGCGCGUCGGGAAGCCCCGCGGUGGCGCAGGUGACGGUGGCCGCGCCCCGGAGCGCUGGAGGCCCCGCGCUCGGUUUCAGGACCUCGAACCCUGGGGGCGUCCAGUGGAAGGAGCGCGAAGAGGACAUUCCCGUCGUGAUUGUGCGCAAGGAGCCGGGCGCCGAACCGCAGCUCGCGGGGCCUGAGACGGUCUUUUCUCCUGGGAGCGCAGAGCCAAGUCGGGGUGCGCCGGCGGGUCCUGGCGGCGCCGCGACGAGCUGCGAGAGACGCAUGCAAGUGGCGCGAAGAGGCGCCACGGCGACGACGCAAUCGCCGACGGAGACUCACUUUGGAAGCCGCGACCGCACGUCGGUUGUCUGGCCGUUUUCGUGGUUUUUUCGGUGGAAAGAGGCUGGCGAACGAAGUGGACAAGGCGCCGUCAUUCGCGCCGGGUUGUUCCACUUCUUCGACGACGGGGAAGGCGCCGAGACGCUGCAGCGCGUCUCGAGGGAGGGGCCGAAUGGACACAGCGACGGCGCUCGCGAGAACGUGACUGCGCCCGGCUUCUGUCUGACAGACGAGGACGCGAGUCUCGUGUUCCCACAGAACGCGUUCGGAGACCGUGCGAGCUGUGUUCGGGAGAAAGCCAAGGAAGUGGACUUGUUCGACUCCGUUCGAUUAUCCAGAGAGGACGAAGAAAGCGCGUGCUCUGGGAAUGGAACCGCGAGAACCGCUCUUCCCUCAGAAAGAGACUCAGGGCGAGGCUCCACGGUCGUCGGAACGCUCGACGGCGCCGCAUUGGGCGAAGGCUUCGCUCUGCCUGGAAGCGGAUUGCGUGAGCUGGCAGGGAGUCCCGAGCUGUCUACUCCGCCCACGCGUGGAGCAAGAGAACUCCGCGAAUGGUUUUCCGGCGGAACUCCGCGGUCCGCGGACGGCGGCCCAACUCCAGAUGUCACGCACUGGCAGGAUGCCGCAGGCGACCCAGGGGACCAAGCCUCGGACUCGGCUUUGCACGGAGAAGUUUGGAAGCGAUGGGUAAACACCGCGGAACUGAUCGGCCAGCUGCGACGCGGGAAUUUGUCUGGAGCAGCCGGAAAAGCCAAGGAAGCGUGGAGCGAGAUCUACUCUCUCACCAGUGAGGGUUGGUGGUCCUAUGUCACUACCUACGCGAACACAUUGUUUUCGGGUCUGUUGAAUAGCGGGUUCGGAGCGGCUCGCGUCUUUUUCUUUGUCUGCUUCUUAGUCUUCAAAUUCUUCCUCUCUGCCUUCGACAUGCUUCUUCAGGCAGUCGUUUUCUUCAGCGCGCUGUACUACCUGUUGUGUAGCAGCCGGAGUUGCUUGGAGUAUCUGGAGGAGCUGCUCUGCAUCGUCGACCCCAGCUGCAUUGUUUCUCACUCAAUCAACCGCGGACUCCGCGCCAUUCUGUACUCCUCGUUCAAGCGUUUCUGGUUCUACAGCCUGUUCACCUGGUUCGUCUACGAGAGCGCAGGAAUGCCGGUGGUGUACGUCCCGACGGCUGUCUCGGGGCUCCUCGCCCUUCUGCCGCUUCUGCCUCCUGAGAGCAUCUCCGUCAUUCCCUGUCUAGUUCUUUGGUGGGGUGGCGCCGGUGAAGAGGCGAGUGCGACGCACGCUGGGGGCGCCGACUCGCCAGGAGCCCAAGGCCCUCAGCCGCGAGGCGAGGCCGGGGCAGAGACAGCGAGUGUGGCAUCGGAGACCGUCGCGGGCGCCUGGUGGGCGGUACUCAACGUGGUUGCAGGGUCUCAAAGGAAACUCGGCGCCAUCACUCUUUUGGCUGCCAAUGCGGUCGUCUGGUGGAACGUGACGACUGCGAUUUACCGGGAAAUACCCGAUAGCAAUCCGUGGCUUGUCGGUUUGUCCGUCGCUCUUGGUCUUUCGACGUUUGGCAUGAAGGGGAUUAUCAUCGGACCUGUCCUGGCCACGAUUCCUCUGAUUGCGUUGACGGCGGCCGCCAAGUUCAGCGAGCGACGGACGCGCGAGCACCAGCUGGCGGCGAUGGUUGCUCAGCAAACGACGGCUUCUCCGCGGCCUGGCCGCCCCGCCUUUCGGGCCGCGGGGGCCGAGGCGACUCGGCGCCACGCGGCGAAACGCCGCCUGCCGAAGGCUCGACCAGGGUUUGUUUCCGCGUCGAAGGCCUCUGCAUGCGCCGUACCGAUCUGGCAAGACAGCCGCCAGGACGGCCCUCUUUGGUCGAGCCGUGGCACCAAUUGGACGGAGCCCGAGAGUCUGCAGGGGAACGAAUGUAAGUCCCGGUCAGAGCGUGGCCUCCGGACGUCCUCGUUCUCGAGCUGGGAAGAGGAGACAGCAGACGCCGUCGCGGGAAUCAGAGAAGUGAUAUCAGGCCCGCCGGCCUCGCCCGCUGCCGCUGCUGCCGCCGCAGAACUCGCAAACGCCGCACAUGCAGCGGCCACAGCCGAAGUCGCCGCGCCCAUCGAAGAAGCCGGCGGAGCGCCGACUGCCGCCCCGGAAGCUCAUAGGCUUGCCCAGCGACCCGUGACCUCUGGAUCUAGCCAGCAACCCGACUACAAGACGUCGCCGCCCCCCGCGGGAGACGUAGAAGGCGCAUGCAGUGGCUCGGCGAGGAGUGGUUCGCUGAUGGCACCUCAAAGGGUAUUUUCGGGUGGACUGUCGGCGCGGGGUUUCUUUGGAAACGUGGGUUCGACGACAGCGGCCGAAGCAGACUUCCCGGUGUCUCCGGAAGACGCGGCAGCAGCCGCGCCAGGGAACCCCGUCGGAGGCGCUCUGCCCGGCGAAGAAGUGACAAAGGAAGCCAGCAGUCGACGCGGGAGCGUCGGCGCGCCCAGCGACUCGUCCAGCGAAGGCCACAAAGAAGCAGGUUGGGAGAACUUCGCAGGCGAAGGCGGCGCGUUCUUCUUGCCUGACGACGUUUGCGCUGUUCCUCGGGUCCGGGCCUCGCUUGCGUGCUACCCAGCAAUGCGUUCGGGGACGCGCCUCUUCGCGGGGAAGCUUCACUGCUUUGGAGAUAGUCGGCAUCCGAAACUAGGGACUCUCUGGCACCAUCGGAGACAAUCGAAGCGGAGUCGCGCAGUCAGUGGGAACGUGGCGUGGCGUGUGGUGCCGCACCACUUGGGGGUUUUCGCGGGGCGCGUCUCCGCGGCCCAGAUGGCGCGACGCAGACACGUUCCGUUCGGCCGCGACUUGGCGCGCUGCAGAAGCUGCGGGGAGGCGCGGUGGGGCGGCGAGUCUGAGGCGAAUGCGCUCUCGGUGUCGGGCCUGAGUUUGCCCGCGCGCUUCGUGGAGUGUGGUUCCCGCGAAGGCGACGUCGAGGGUUUGCAUACGCCCCUCGGCGGACUCCCGGGACGAGCGGCCGGACCCCUCCCGCCACUGUACCAGCGAAUGAUGGCUGCUUCAGCGCCGUGGUCUGCAGACGUCCGGGCGGCCAGCUGCGGCGGCGACCUGGCACAUAGGAGUUCUCUCACAUGCAGCAACCGGAGCGCGCCUCACCUGACUGGAGUUUUGGCUGCAGUCAGCACAGACGAGUUGGAAACCUCCCAGGCCGACGCAGCUGACAGACGGAGCGUGAGCAAACCCGAACAGAGCAGCGGCGACACAGAGGAGAAGGCUCGGUCGUCUUCCAUGUUGGCGGCAGCCGUGCUCAAGACUGCGCAAAAACUCGAGUGGCUGCUCGACCGCUCCAGCGGCGCAGCUGGCGCGGGGGCGGCACCAGCAGAGACCGGCGUGGCCGAGGAGGCUGGCGGCGAGACGGCUCCUGGGAGAGGCUCCGAAGAGACGGGGAAGCGACCCCUGCAGUCUCACGGGACGUUUGAGAGCUCCAGCAGAUCGCAGCCGUUCCGCAGUGAAAGUAUUCGCCACCCGCCUCUCGUGCCUGUCGCUAAAGAUAGCCGAGGAAGUGCAGCGGCCGUUGCCGAUGCCAUUGGGGGGUUAGGUGACCGCCGGGGCGGGAGGUCUGUGAGGGGAUUGGGAAAGACAAGUGACAAGGCGGGGAAAAGUGCGGGCAGCCGCGCAUCCUCAAGUCCAGGGGAUCAAGCCACAAACGCAGACGCAGCGAAGGUCGGCUCCAGCCGCGCCGGUCGGGUACAGGAAGCGGCCUCUGAAGAGGCGCCACGUUCCACACCGGACAGACAGAAAGAGAAAAAGACAGGCGAGACCGGCGGCUCGAAGUAG